AUGCAUCUUUUAAGCCAAGCUGGCCCUGACACCCUCGGAUUUGCAAGCCGGCCGGGCAAUCGUAGGUCAGUCAGAAGUCCAGCAACAACAACUGCUUUGCAUUUGGAUCGAAAUUUGGUGAUUGAUGGAAAGCCGGCAGUUAUUUCAUUCCCAGUUACCGAACAACAGCUGGCGACGACGGGUCAGGACGGCAGCAGCUGUGGCAGUGAACGGUCAAGUCCCCGAGAUAUCAAGACCAGUGUCCAGGCAAUCCCGGCCACUGCCACCGAUUCCAACAUCACAUUGUGGCAGUUUCUUCUGGAGCUUCUCAUCAAGGGUGACCACAGUCACCUAAUCCAGUGGACCAACCAGCAGGGCGAAUUCAAGUUACUGGACGCAGAAGCAGUCGCCAAAUUAUGGGGACAACGAAAAAGCAAGCCACAUAUGAAUUAUGAUAAAUUGUCUCGGGCGUUGCGGUACUACUAUGACAAGAAUAUCAUCAAAAAGUUGGGAAUUUUGCAGGUAAUUGGACAAAAGUUUGUAUACCGGUUUGUAACAUUUCCGGAAGGAUGCACGGUGGACACACUGCAGUAUGCUAUUUCUCGAGAUAUUGAUAAUCAUCCGGCAGAAGCGAAUGUUUCGAGUGAUAGUCUUGGCAUAAUGCGCAGCAGCAGUUCGCCGGCAGUUGGCGCCGCUUGUUCAGUAGUACCGAGUGCUACAGAUGCGCAGUCUGUUUCCAUAUCAAGCGUUACUCCAUCGCCUUCCGUAAGCGUCAAAACUGCGGAAAGCAGCGGAAGACUGGACGCACCAAUGGCGUUAUUACCAUCGGUGACCGGCGACGCAGCAGUCGCUAAACCGGUGCUGGCCAGCGGCGCAUCACUGGUGACCAGCAGCAGUUCGUCACGAAGCGACUUCGCCAGCUUACCUUCCACGAGUGGCGGCGGCCCGUGCUCCACCUCCUAUGCUGUGAGGUUGUGCAGCUCGCCGAGCAGCAGCUAUCAGGGCACAAAUGGUGACGCGAAUGUGUCAUCCAGGAAGCGAAAGACGCCGAUGGUGAGCAGCAGCUGUAAUGGCACGGUGACGGAAGCAGCGCUCGCUUCUCCAACUUCAUGCGCAGUGUCGGCAGCAGCGUCCAACAUGCCACUGUCCAAGUCACUCUCAUAUCCAUCAGACCCGCCAGUGCCAGUUCCGGAUGAUCGAAGUGCGGCGCAAGCCAAUCCCCAGAUACCUUCGUUGAAACGGGUCAAACCGCGUCCGUUGAAUCUGUCAGCAACAGCAGCUUUCUCGAAUGGCGCUGGACUGGAAGUGCCCGCUUCCUCCUCCUCUUCCACCACCAGCACCACCUCAACAUCCAACAACCUUCUUGUGCCUUCGCCAUUUUUCCUUCACAACAAUACCGGUAAUGCAUAUACGGCCACCUCACCGCUGGUCACUCAGUUCAGUCAGCUCUACGCGGCAGCCUCUCUGUCUGCAGGCCUGAUGUGUCCAACCAGUCCGUUCACGUCAUUCCUUACAACGGCUGUAAGUCCGAUGCUUGGCGCACUAAGCUCACCGAUGGCCGCUGCUGCUGCAGCUAAACUUACGCCAACAGCUAGCACUGCUCUGCAACAGCCUAUUUUCCAGUUUCCGCCAAAUCCAUCACAUAUGGCUGCAAUGGCUACUGCUGCAAUGAUGUCGCCGCUGAUGCCGUUUCUUGGUGCUGCAAUGAACUUGAAUGGCAACGGUUGUCCGAGCACUUAUGGCCGCGCAAACUUU